UUCAACCAACAUCAUGACUGUUUUCUAAAAAUAUCAAGAGAAACAUGGAAAUGAAUUGCAGAAAUGUAUUGUUACAAAAAAAGAUUGUUUAGAAAAAAAAUGUUUUAACAGUGUUAAAAAUAUGACUGUGGCUUGUUUAACGCAUUAAACCGUCAAGAAAAUCGGCUCAGAAUGGCGUGUCUUGAUUGUUGGGAACUAACCGAAUUGGGACCACCACCAAAUUCCAUAGAAUUUUUACCACCGCCGCCGUUACCAGCAUUUUUACAACGUGUACCAGCUAUAGAAUCAUUAUUACAACAUAUUAAGGGUGGUAAUAUAAGUCAAUCACCAUGUGCAGAACAAUUAUGUGAUCGAUGGUUUCUGGGAUCAAUUGGUGGCAGUGGUAAUGUACUCGGAAUUGGAAGCAGUUCUGGACGAGGUGCGGACACACAUCCUGGCGGUGAAUAUGUAGACAUACCCGAACAGGAAUGGGGCAAAGGAUCUUCAAUUGGUGAAGGAGAAGUGUCAGAUACGUGGUUAUUGGUGUUGAUUGGAUGUAGUAUCGGAGUUCUUUUACUUGGAGCAGUUCUUGCACUGUUCUUGUUGCGAUGUAGAGAUUCUCGUAAUUUUAUCCUUCACAGAGUAAUAUUACUGGCUCAUCGCCAACACCAUCAGGCGAAAGCAACAAUAUCCCAUAAUCAUACGGCACAUAUUGAACAUUGCCCUCAACAUCCACCUGGAACACAAUUAAAAUUGCCACGUGGAGCAGAAACAGUUUUAUAUCCAUCACAUACCUUACAAAAUGGACAUCAUGCUGAUAAUCGAUUAUUAUGGGCUGCAUUAACACCACGUGGUGGAACGCAACAUUACAUUUCAGAAAAUUAUCCACAAGGAUUUAUGGAAGAAUAUGGUACUCCAACCGAGGUGGAUAAUACAUACGAAACAAUUGAAAAUUACAUACCAACAGUAACAAAUGCAACAAUUUUAGCACCAGUGAUACAGUUUAAAAAUAAUUUUAAAACAAAAGAAUUUAAUUUAUCAACAGAAAAAUCUAGUUUUGAUAAUUCAGGAUUUUUCGAUUACGAUUAUGAGGAUCCAACACCAUUGAUUGAAAGUUAUCAAUUAAAUGAUAUUGAAAAUCAUGAUCCGAAUCCAUACGCAGAAGUAGAAAUUGGAAAUUUACAUCAAAUAAAUACGUUAGGUUCGACGUUACGGCGAGCAUCACAAAUUCGUCCAAGAAUUAGUUCACCAACACGAAUAGAAAAUCCAAAUUUACCACCAUUAAACUUAAAUCCACAUUCAGCGGGCUAUGUUAGUUCUGUGCACUCAGUUCACUCGAUUCAUCGUGGAAAUGGUAUAAACACAAAUGGAACAUUACGUCGAGGUACAAUGUCUCGAAGAGGUAGCGAUGAAUUGUUCAGAGGUAACGAGACAUUUCGCAAAAAUCAUUUUUAAACAACUUUGACGCGCUGUAAAAUCCGGUGAAACGUUUCAAAAAAAUAAAAAUACUUGGUGAUAACUGUAUUCCAUAAUAGAAAGAGGUAAAGCAUAACCUCUCCAGCCGCAGAAAAAAAGAUAAUUUUUAUCGUUUAUAAUCAGUUUAAAAUUGAAUAUUUGGACCAAUUACAACUCUAUUAAAUGUCCUAAGUUAAUUGGACCAAGUACUCAAUUUUGUACUUGUUUAAAAACGGGAUGAGACAAGUUUUUUUUUUAAAUUAUGAAAGAUUAAGAAGCAAAAAGUUUUCACUUUGUGAAAAUUGUGAAGAAAGACGAAAAACAGUCAGUGAUUCAAUCACAAAACUCUUUAAUUUAAGAUAUUU